CACAGAAACCCAUGUUGUGCAUCAAAGAGUUAAAUUAUAUAAUUAUAUAGUUAUAUCGACCAUGAUUUCAUGUGUAAAAGCAACAAAAGGGUGAAACAUCCAAGGGGUAUGAAUACUUUUGCAAGGCACUGUACAUAACGAACAGUUUACUAGUGUGAAAGUACUGUAUGAAUAACUAGAAAUAAAUACAGGUAAAUAUACUUAAAUUAUUUUUAGUGGAUGAUUUAUUAUUUGAUGUCAGUCAACUGAUUCACGACGAUCCACGAAGAAGGUUUUUUUCUAAGAGCUCUAAGAAGAUUUGAGUGACGUCGGAAAAUCUUGAAUUCUGAGUUUCCAGGAGGUCAACACUCUACAGAGUCGGAUCUUCCAUCAUGUGGGACGGUGUGACACGUCUAGUUGGUAUGAUCCAAAAGACGCGCAGCAGACAGAGCCAGCGCUGAUGACAGUGCACAGAUGGAGUCAGGUGAACAACGACAGAUUACACAAUGGCUGAUGGGAGAUGCAGUUCUCAGAAUCCUCCUAAAAGGAGGGUUCGGAUCAAACCAUGUCAUGAUGCAGAAAAGCACAUCAGACUUAAAACCGACAAAGCGGGUCUUCGGGAGGUAUUAGUGAACUCUUACAAAGGGCGAGGCGUUUUUGCUUCAAUACCUUUCAUCAAAGGAGAUUUUGUAUUAGAAUACAGAGGGAAACUUUUUCCUCCAGACAGCCCUCCUGUCUUGGAGACCUACAGUGAGACUGAGGCAACAUAUCUAUUUGAUUUCCAGUGGAAAGGGAAGUCUUGGUGUCUUGAUGCAUCUCUGGAGGACCAGUCACUUGGGAGACUGGUGAACGAUGAGCACAAAAAUCCAAACUGCAAAGUACAGACAAUUCAAGUGGAGAACAUGCCGCACCUCUGUCUCUUUGCUAUUAGAGACAUAAUGCCAGGGGAAGAGGUUACGUACAAUUAUGGAGAUUCAGACUGGCCUUGGCGCAAACAGAUUUACAUGUCUCCUCCGACCACACCAUCAGUGGAUGACAACUUGAAUGGCAGCCAUCAGUCUGUGGUUCCUGUUGAACCAUUGUCCCCCAGUGUAAAUAAGGUAUGUGACUUUGCAACAACAAAGACAAACAGAGUUCAACUGAUUUUACACCUCUGUAUGAGGAUGUUGUCCUUUAAAACACAAACUCACACAUGCUUUCUUAAAAAUGCUAUUUCCCCCAUGUACAAAGCUAGUUCUAAUCCUUAUGUACACCUACAUCUUGGGAGGUAGACCACACCAACUCAUAAUUUAACCAAGACUCAACUCAGAUGUGAACAAAAGUCGUUAUCAGUCACAUGACAAGUUCUUCAAUGUACUUACACUCACAUAAUUAUCAACUCUUCUAGCAGCUCACCCUUUGGCCUGCUCCUGAAUCCAUGAAAUCUACAAUGUUCAAGCUGCAUGCUAAUGUGAACUGUUACCUAUUGAUCAUGGUUCAUCACUUUGUUUUGUCCCUUGGUUUACGCUGAGGUCACCACCUGAUCAGUGGAUGUAUGAGCUCACAUUGUAAUCCAAUGUGUUUCUCUUGCCCAAGUAACAAUUGUCUGUGCUGACUUGUCUCUCUGUCCUGAGUUUGGCUCAGAUAGUAUGUGUGUAGGUGUUUGUAGUGAGAAAAAUA